AUGCAUCGCAUGGCGAAGUUGCAAGGCCUCAGGCGCAUUGCGGUGUUCUGCACCAAGAUCACAUGUGCGCUCAUCUCAUCACGGUUGCGUAUUCCGUAUUCCAUCCGCGGCAUCUCAAGUACCAGGACCAGAACGGCGAGGGAAGACUGCACCACCAUUACUUUGCAGGCGAUGCCGUCGCUGCGGCGGUCCCUGGUCUGGUUUUGUCGCUGCUGGCCGUGGGGGUUUUACCCCGUGUGGCUCUUCGGCACACUUGCCGGGGCCCUCUCGGUCCUUGUGGGGAGCCCCUUCAAGCGGGGUGAUACAGGACCGGAUGGGUUUUCUGCGCCCCCUUUGGACUCCAGAUCAGACCUCGACGUUCUUACUCGCACCUGGAGGCUCCACGACAACAGCCACAACAGCGACAAGCGCCAUAACCGCUAUAACCGCCACCAACUCGGCAAGCAUUGCCAAAAGAACGGUGAUUUUCGAUUGGAGGCCACGAGGCCGCGCAAGCAACAGCAACAUGCGGACGAGAGUGACAGCAUAAAUGACGGAGGAUAUGGCAGCAGAAGAGAAGGUGAAAGUACGUCAGAUAAUCUCAGCAGCGGCUCCUGUAGUACGGCCUCGUACGGCACAUCCUCCUGGGACGAGGACCGGAAACUACGGAAAGGGGACAAAGGCGCCCAGGAGCACAGCGGUCGGUCUAGAUUAGAUUCCAAGCCUAGACCCGGAUCCAGAUCCAAAUCUAGAUCCAGAUCUAGAUCUAAAUCCAGACCCAGAUCGUCCAGCCGGCACGGGAGACAGCAGAAGCCGUCUCGCCCGCCGCCGCCGCCGCCGCCGCCGCCCGACCUGCCCUUCUCCGUCAACGCGGUUCCAAGUCUCGCAUUACGCAGCUGGCUGCUCAGGCGCUUCACCUACCUCUUCUCCAGCUGUGUGAACUGGUACAUGACGCCGCCGCCGCUGCCGCCGCCGGCACCACCACAUCGCGCCGCCGCCACCACUGAGUCCAAAUCCGGUUCCAAAUACAGAUCUGCUGUGAUUGCGUCGUCAAACAGUAGUAGUACCGCCGCUGCUGGCGGCGGCUGGUGGCCGUCCGCGAGGGUUCCACUGGGGGCGGCGGCGGGGCCGCCGCCGCCGCCCGACGGCGCGCUUCAGCGUCGGGGCGUAUCGUGGACGUACGCAUCCCUGGCCGCCACUGCGGCGCGGGGAGAGCUGGCCAGCAGCCAUCCUGUGGCAGCCGUACUGGAUUGUGUACGGCUGACGGCGCUGCAGUCAGUGGAGGCCGUCCGACUUGCGGCCAGGCAGCGGCCGCCACCGGCGCCGGGCCAGGGCCAGACGGUGACGGAGGCGGAGGUGAAGAUAGCAGCUCGAUCUGUGGAUGGAGUAGAAGAAGACGAGAAGUUGAGGAGUUGGAUGCAGAGGGAGGUGGCUCGGGUGGUGGAGCUGUCGCGGCGGCUUUUGGGCGCAGCGGCUGCCGUACGGCCGGCCAUGGAUGCGGCUGGCCGGCUGGCGGCGAGGAUGGAGGCGGCGGCGCUGCUGUCCGCUCCAUUGGGGACGGGGGUUGGGGCGCCGUACAGCUGGCGACGGCGGGCCAGGUACGGCAAUACUGAUCGAAUCGUUGUCCGCGGUGCCGCCGCCCUAGGGGCCCUAUCCUGCCUGGCACAGGCGGGCUAUCUGGACGCCGCAACCCUGCCGUACAAGCUGUACGACCCCGGCGACGGGAGUUCAACAACGGCAGGCCGUGGCGGCGGCGGCUGCGGUGGGGAGAAUUUCUUGGCGUUUGGUGGUACUCGGCUGGGGUUUUUUACCUCGUUACAGCGAUUGAUGACAUCAGCAUGUACGGCACUGGUUCCCGGGGUGACGGCGGAGGCGCCGUCGGAGCGUCAGCGGGGUCCGUCAGCGGGAGACGCCGGCGAACUCGCCGCUGCCGCCGCCGCCGCGGCGUCCAAAUGUACUGCCGAUCAACAUCGCCCCCGCUGCUUCAUCGGCGCCGGCCACCCAGAUCCGCCGGUACGGCAGGGUACGGCAAUUCAUAUCCCGAUGAUGGGUUACGGUGUCGCUGAUGGUGAUGUUAAUGGAGGGGAGCUGGACGGCGUGGAAUGCUUGGGCGGCGUAGAAGUAGCCUCCUUGAUUGAGCUCCUGGCGCAGAGUGCCGUACGUGAUGACGUAGCGGGAGCGGCGGAUGACGCCAGCGGAAGCGGUGGCGGCGGCGGAGAAGGUGAAGCUGGUCGAUGGACUCGGCGACUGGCGCGAUUAGAGGAGCUGACGGCACUGGCGGAGGCGGAGUUCCAACAGGCAGCGGCCGGCAAACCGACGGUGGCGGCGGCAGAGCUGGCGUCACCGCCGCCGCCAGCGGCAGCGGCGGGGGCGGCGGCACCUCUGGGCCCAGCUGCAGCAACUGACCCGCCGGGCCAUGGCGGUGCUCCGUUAGCUUCUGGGGCUGCGGCGGCAGCAACGGCAACUGUACGACAAGACCCGCUGCGCCAGCAUCGUGACUCAGCAGCGGCAGAACAGCAGUGGCCCCCAAGGCGGGACACUGAGAAGCAGAAGCAAGUACAUGUAGCCGCCGUGCUGCAGCAGGCACAGAACGCCGCCAUCGAGUGGCUGGCGCCGCGCGCUGCCGUACAUUUCGCCUCCGGCGAUGAUGAGGCACGUGAGGCAGUACGGGAGGUCCUGGAGCUGGCGGGCCAGCUCUUUGGCGGGACGGCGGCGGCGGAGGGUGACGUGUGGGCAGCCCGCGGCGCGGCCCAUCGGCUAACGCAACUGCUGGGUUGCUGCUACUGCCGUACAAUUCGUGCCGGCACGCUGGCGGCGCCGCCGCUGGGUAGUUGCGGAGUGGCGCUGCCGGCGGCGUUUUUGGUGCUUGAAGGACUUCUAGCGGCUGGGGCCUUUCCGAUGGGGGACCAGCGGUGUGGCAGUGGCGGCGGUACGGCGGGCGGGGUGGCGGAGGCGAGGAGGUGGACGCGCGGCAAUCGGAGGCGUUUGUGGGGCGCGGUGCUGGUGUUACUGCGGCGGAUGCGCUUCCUGGUGCAAUGUGUCGUACAGCGGCGGCGGCAUCAGGAUGAGGAGGUGGCGGCGGUGCGGAGCGCCAGGCAACGGCAGCAGGGAUCGGGUACGGCUGAAAAGGCAGCGGCGGAAGCAGUGAUCGAUGGAGCAGCUGUCGCCGCAGACGGCACCGGCGACGGCGCAGACGUGACGGUGCGUGACGGCGACGACGCGGUGGCGGAGAUGGCGGCGGUUAUGUCGUACGGCAGCGAUGACGUAGUGCAGGACAAGGGUCCCCUUCCCCUCCCCCAUGGCGUGGAACCCUCCGGGGAUGUAGUGGUGGAUGGGCGGGAAAGUUCCGGCGACCGCGCCGCUCCGAAACCUGGUAAUGGGAGUGAAGGGACGGAGCCCAAAGCAGGGUGUCUGCCGCCGCCGCCGCCGCCGCCGCCACAGCGGCAGGAGCAGGCUAGAAAGAGGAAGCGCAAGGAAAGGGUUGGCGGCAAGCUGGAGGUUGAGCUGGAGGAGGCAGCAGACAAGAAAGGUGCAGAGCAUAAACCGGGAAGGGAGGAUGAGGAUGAGGAAGAGAAGGAGCCGGCGGGCGAGGUGUUGGCGGCGGCGGCGGUGGCGGCAGAACAGGAAGGAGGUACAGCGCCAAGGUGGCAGCCGCAACAGCACGACCACCCGCAGCAGCACGAGCACGAGCACGAGCAGCAGAGGAGUCGGAAACGAAGCAAGGUAUGGGUGGCAGCGGCGGCGGCGGCGGCGGAGGAGGAGGAGAAGAAGGAGCCGGUCCAAAACGAUGCGGAGCUGGGUGGGGCCGCGAAAACCAAGAUGCAGAUCAUCUUGCGCCGCCGCCGCAGCAGUAGCAGCAACACCAACGGCCAAGAUCAUGACCAUGACGAACAGCUCCAGAACCAACAGCUCCAGAACCAACAGCACCAGAACCAACAGCACCAGAACCAACAGCUCCAGAACCAACAACCGCAAGAAGGCGGAGGUAGAGCUCCUCCUCCUCCUGCAGCUGCUCCUGCUGCUGCGGCGGCGGCUAUCAUCCCCCCUUGGGCCGCUGUUGAUAAGUCGGUAGGUAAAUUGAACUUGGAGUUGGCGCUGGAGGGCAGGAAGCUGCUACGAGAUGUGGUCUUUCCGACGACGUGGACUGAUCUGUUCGGGCACGACAUUGCCGAAGCGGCGUGGCGGUUGGCGUGGCGGUUGGCGCGGGUUAAGGGCGGCGCUGGUGCGGCAAGGCUUCCUCACCGCCGGCAUGGAGGGCUGUCUCGGGAGCGGCCGGAUGUGAGGUUGGAGGCGGAGAAAAAAAAGGAGGGGGGAAAAGAGGAAGAAGAGCAGGAAGUGCAGCAGCAGGGGGAGGAAGAGCAGGAACCUGGGGGCUGCGACAACUCGGGAAAUUGCAGAGAGGACGCUUCUGGGCCGGUGGUGAUUCCGGCCUGCCUCAUGGUGGACAUGCCGGGGGCCGCCGCGACCGGUGACGCGGCCCUGGGCCGUGGCACGAAACACACCGGGCUGCAAGGGGGGGGAGUCCGCAGGGGGAGACGUGCUCGGGGAGCUGCACCCUCCCUGGAGGAGCUGGAAAGGGCGGUGACCGCUCUAGACGCGGAGGAGCAGCAGCAGCAGCAGGAGGAAGAGGAGGAACGACAACAACAACAACAACGACAACAGCACGACGGAGCCCAGGAAGCUCGUGUGCGGCGGGGUGGCAUACCACUGCCGCCAGCGGCAACAGCUGUAGCAGCAGUAGCAGCUGCUCGUCCUGCUGGUACGGCGGCGGUAACGGCCGCGUCGACGUUGCAGUCUGAGAAGGAUGAGGUCGCGCAAACGGUAAUCCAAGUUCACAGCCGGCUGACACAUGGCGUAAAGCUGCUGCCGCCGCAGACGCAACAGACAAAUCAGGCGCAACUACCAGCAGCAGCAGCAGAAUCAGCAGCAGCAGCACUACCAGCAGCACUACCAGCAGCACCACCAGCAGCACCACCAGCAGCACCACCAGCAGAACUACCACCAGCAGCAGCAGCAACAGCAACGCAGCCGGAGCUGAAGACGGAGCCAUCUGCUGUGGCGGCGGCGGCAGAGGAGGAAAAGCUGCUGCCGUUGGUGAAGCAGUCGCCACCGCCACUCGAGCAACAUCCGCAGCAACAGCAGCCUCAGGCCAGCCAGCGUAAACCUGUAAAACGGUUGCCCAAGCACACACAGCAAGAGCCACAACCGUCACAACCGCUACAGCCACAGCAGCCGCAGCUGAAGGGGAGGGGGCAGGUGAAGCAGCGGCAGGGGAUGGAACUGGGGGUGAGGACUAAGUCGUCCCUUCCUCCGUCAGGGGGGCAGCGGUCUAAGCAACCAAAACAGGUGAAAGAGCAAACAGGUCAACAGCGGCCACGGACUCAGGAACAAGGGAUCCAGCAACAGCAGCAGCAGCAGCAACUGCAGCACAACCGACAAGAGGAGCGGGAUGCGGAAAAGCAACAGCCGCUGGUGGUGACGCCGCGUGAUGAAGGUGAGGUGGCAGCAGCAUCCGUAGCAGCAACGGCACCGUGCACAAACAGAAACGGCAGCGGCGGCAGUAACGGCGGUGGCGGCAAAGCGCUGAAGGAGAGCCACUCUGGGGGCCGGAAGCUACAGCUCCAGCAGAAGCAGCAGCAGAAGCAGCUACAGCCGCGGGGCUCAAGUAUGAGCAUUCGCAUCAAGCUGGACGAGUCCCUGCUGCUGCUUGUCCCAAGCGAGUUGAGGCCGCCUCUAACCGAGCUGAGUCCGGAUUCAGCUGACGGCGGCGGCGGCGGUGCUCCUGCUGCUGCCGAGGCCACUGGCGGGGCCGAUGUGCAUGACGUCGACAUGAUUCCCGAAACCGAUUUAGAGGAAGAGGAGUGUGGGGAGGGUGAGGGAGGCGGUGGUGACGGCGAUGGUGGUAGCUUUGUUGUUGCCGGUGGCGGCGGUGGCGGCGGUGGCGGCAGUGGGGGUUACGGCACGCAGUGCAGUGCUCCGCAAGAGCGGCGGAACAACUGCCAAGAGGUGGUUGUAUGGCAUCGGUCUCGAAACCGCGGUGCGUCAGCGACAGACCUGCCUGCCGUGCAAGCAACGCCCCCCGUGGGUCCGAGACCUCCGGGCGAUACAGGACAUGCCGCGCCCCCCUUGGCACUGGUCCCAGAUCCGAACCAGGCGACGGCGACGGCGGGGCAGGGGCAGGGGCAGAGGCCGGGCGAUAAAGGCCAAGGCCACCAGCACACCGAGUCCCACACGGAAUCUCGGAAGAGCGGCAGCCCGGAGGGCAAUGACGACAAUUGCGGCGGUGGCAAGGGCGGCGGCGGCGGCGGCGGCGGCGGCAAGGGACGAGCUGACACAAACCCUUAG